AACACUGCAGUUUCUCACGCGGAGCUGCAGAAGCAGAACCACAGCACGCCCAACAAAACCUCUGAACUUCGAAACAGCGGACCGUUUGAAGAAAAGGAAAGGACCACAAUGGAGGCAGCAUAUUCCCCGCUGGACCCAGAUUUAAUGAGGGAGGUUCUUGAAUGCCCGAUAUGCCUGGAGACCUACAGCCAGGAUCAAUUGAGACCCAAACUCCUGCAGUGUGGUCACACAGUGUGCCGGCAGUGUCUAGAAAAGCUGUUGGCCAACACUAUAAAUGGCGUGCGCUGCCCCUUCUGUAGCAGGGUGUCCCGUAUGAGCAGUAUCGCGCAGCUGGCCGACAAUCUCACUGUGCUCAAGAUACUAGAUUGUACUAUGUCCUGCAGUGCUGCUGCCGCCGCCCUGAUGUGCAAGUCCUGCUGCAACCGCCUACCACGGCAGUACUGUCAUGAUUGCGCCACGGUCCUUUGUGAGCUUUGUAAAGAGGAGGGCCACCUGCAACAAGGCCAUUCGGUCCAGCCGAUUAGGGUGGCCGCUGAGCGUCGUCGUAAAGAACUGGGCGGGAAGCUUGCCUCUCUGCGUGAUGUUAUGGGCGAAAUUCAGAAGAAAAAGACAGCUAUUGAAAACAUUUCAAAGUCCAUGAGACUUAAGUACCGAGCAGUGCAGCAGGACUAUACUUCAGCUGAGCUGCGUCUUCAAGAGGAACUCAGCAGGUCUCGAAGGACAUUCACAGCUUCCAUGGCAGAAGUCGAAAAGCUAAACGGGCAGGUCCUGGAAGAGCAGACGUAUCUCCUUAACAUUGCAGAGGUAAAAGUUGUGUCGCGCUGUGAUUAUCUGACAAUGCUGGUGAGGCAGAGCGAUAUCGCUUUGCUCAAGGAUGAUGCCGAAGGCAGUGAUGAUGAAGAGCUGGAUUUGAGGAGUAGCUUUCCCACAAUGUUUCAGCUGCAGGAGCCAGGGCUGGUCAGGUCAGAGCACUUGAAACCUGUAGAAGUGGGCCAAGUGACCACAAAUACUUAUACUGUCGAUACAGAGGAAGAGGAGAGUGGACUGGAGAUUGCACUCGAAGGUGACGUAGAGAGUGUAGCUGGGGCAAUGGGGGCUAAUGGUGGUGGUAGGGGGGCUCUGGUGAAUCUUUACCGAGACAUUGACAUGUUUGCAGCUGCAGAGGAGGCGGUAUGUGGUUCACCAGGCAGCUUUAAGUCAAAGUCCAUGGAUGCAGGUGAGGGAUCACCUGGAGGAGCAGGGGCAAGUGCAGGGCCUCCAGUCUGCCAGUUUGUGAAGAAGAUGGGCUGCAAGGGAACGCUACCUGGUAUGUUCAAUUUACCAGUCAGUGUCUGUGUAACGUCACAAGGUGAGGUCCUGGUGGCUGACCGUGGCAACUACCGCAUCCAGAUCUUUAAUCGCAAAGGUUUCCAGCGUGAAAUCCGCCGCAACGGCAGUAGCAUUGACAACUUUGUCCUGAGCUUCCUUGGGGCCGAUCUGCCUAACCUCAUCCCCUUAUCCAUUGCUGUCACUCCUCAAGGGCUGAUUGGGGUCACUGACAACUACGACAACUCAGUCAAAGUUUACACUAUGGAUGGACAGUGUGUGGCUUGCCAUAAAAACCAGCUUAUUAAACCCUGGGGCAUUACUGCUCUGCCAUCAGGUCAGCUUGUGGUGUCAGAUGUGGAAGGUGGCAAACUGUGGUGUCUAACAGUGGACCGCAACAUAGGUGUGGUCAGCUACAACCGCUUGUGCUCUGCUGUGAGGCCAAAGUUUGUGACAUGUGAUGCAGCUGGAACGGUCUAUUUCACCCAGGGCCUCGCCCUGAACUAUGAAAAGCGUCACAAUGAGCCCCACCUGGAAGGUGGCUUCUCUAUUGGCUCAGUUGAUAAAGAUGGCCAGCUAGGCAAGCAGCUUAGCCAUUUCUUCUCAGAGAAGGAGGACUUCCGCUGUAUCACUGGCAUGUGUGUGGAUGCCAAUGGGGACUUGCUGGUGACGGACAGUGGCAGGAAAGAAAUCCUGCAGUUUCCCAAAGAGGGAGGAUUCAAAAUUCUCAUUCAGGAAGGCUUGACGUGCCCUGUAGGAGUGGCCACCACCCAGAAAGGACAACUGCUAGUGCUGGAUUGUUGGGACCAUUGUGUCAAAGUCUACACAUACAUUCAGAGGAGGCACUCCUCCACUUCCUAGAAAUACAAUCCAGUCUAUCUGCACAUGCAUCAGCGGUUUAGUAGCUAUGUGUUGGUAUGAGCGUUUGGAAAAGGUAGAAUCACACUGUUAUCUGUCACUUUAGUUUGGCUGCAAUCCAAACAAGUCUCACCCAGCUUUCAUUGGGUUAUUAAAUCAAAUGUUCAAGAUGGUUGGUUUCAGUUUAAAACCCACUGGAUUUUUAUUUAAUACUGCAAAUUAUAAAAAAAUAAGCCCAUUAAGCUGCUUCCUACCUGGUUAUUUAAAUGGGUCACAACACUGAGACCGACCGUGCACCAUUUUUACAUGAAGAAAUACUGGCACAAAUUGUCACAUUAAAAUAAACAAAACCAGCCAUUUGAUGUUGAAGCCAAUGCAGGCAGAACAUGUUAUACCGCUAUAUCCACCAGUCAGCCUGACUGUGUGUGAUGCAUGGCUCUCACUGAUCUGGCUCUGCUUUGCAAAAGAAAAUAGGAAGAAGAGCUAAAAAAUAACAUGUAUUUACAUAUGGAAUAUAGCAUACCAAGGCUUUUGGCCUGUGACGCACUUUACUGUUGGCACAGCACUGUUUCCAAGUGUUUUAGUAGCACAAACCAACAUUGAUGUUGCUGAAUGCACCUUUUGAACGUUUACUGUGCAGUUAACUAAUGGGAAAAGAAUAAUUAAGUAUCAGCAUUCAAUGAGUUGCAUUCAGUAACAUUCAAGGAAAACUAAGUGUAGAAUAUUAAGUUUCCUACAGCAUAUAGUGUUGACCAAUACAAUCACAACACGAUUGACUGAAGGAGAGCUAGGCACGAUGGGGCAGCGGUGAUCUGUCGUUUACUGGGUUUUACUGCGGCUCUGUGGCUUAAAGCCUCUUUGUGUUGAUGGACUCACAAUUGGGGUCACUGAUGUUUAAUCUGUAGAUCACAUUGUGGUGUAUUUUUUUAGUCUCAGUACUUAAUAAUACUGCCUAUUAGCCUGUGUUGGGUUUUAUUGAGCAGCACAUGGAGCUUAAACAACUUUUUCAGAGCAAAUAUUACUACAAAUCUACUGCCUGUUUUACAAACCCUAUUCUCUGUACACGCCUCUGCUGGUGACUUCCCAGCCACAGCCUCACUUAAUGUCACGUGGAGGCAGGUUGAAGUAAGAUAACAUCGGUCAUCUGAUUGGCUCCUCCUCCAGCUGUUCUGCUCAGUCAUACCUCUCACUAGAAGCCUCUGCAUCUCCUUCUGCUGGCCUUAUAUUUUUGUUUGAGUUGUGUAAUUCAUAAUUAAUAGAAUAUCAAAGAUUCCAGAUGGCUUUUGUAACACUAGAAGGUGCUUACAAUUCACGGUGUUGUUCUUUUUCUUUUUUUUCUUCCCUCUGGGCUCACCUUCAGCUACAUCAUACAAUCAUCUAGACAUUACUUGUUGUUGCAAUGCCGGUACAGCCAACACUAAAUAGCUCCAGCAUUCGAACACAUUAAGCGUUAAUGGGUACAGCAGGCUUCUAGAACUUGAAUAAUGUUUACAUACAUUGUUCGAACCUGACAUGUAUGCCAUUGUUUUCUCACCCCUGGCCUGUGGUUACACAACCUUUUUGUUCAGGAGUGUUCAGAGUAGCACUGCUUGGAUAAUGACGAGUGACACAUCCAGCAUCCCACCCCCUGGCGUUAUUACACUGGGAUGUGUUGUCUUCCUGUUGCUGUGUCCUCCCCAGGUUUACAUUCAGCACUAGACAACCUGUCCUCCGGUGUUGGUAGUGAUGGGAAAGACGGCAGCCAUGUUCAGUGUUUUCCAAGAUGGAGGUAGUCAACAUGACUGAUUUAUUUCCACAUGCAUUUGAUUCUGAUUUAGAUUUUUCUGAGUCUACAUGAAACAUUAGAAAGAUGAUGCUUUCAGCUAAAAUAACACCAGAGGGAACCUUUAAUAAAAAAUAUUUAGUGGCCUAAAUAUGGGGAGACAAGUUAAUCAUUGAAACCCAUGUAUGCAACAUAUUCUAUGUCCAUAUAGCCGUGAAGAGUAAAUAUGCCUUCCCUCCAAUACCUUUUCUUCCAGUCACAUACUGACUCAGUUUUAGCCUUAAAAAUAAAUUGUUUCACAAAGCUGACCUUAAUUCGGCUCCUGAAAUCCUAUUACAAAGCAAAAUACAUAAUAUAUACAUAUCUGAUAAUCAAAAGGUGUUUUAAUAUGUACACAUACGCAUAGGGUUGGAGGCGAAAAAAAUAAAGCCAAAUUUAAGCAUCAGGUGAAGUUUGUUAUUUCCUCGUGUAUUUUUGUUUCACAUGUAUUUGUUUUAUUGUUAGGCCAUGUUCUCAACACUAAACUAAUAGAUUGUAAUUCAAGAUCGUCUUAGCUGCAUGUCAACCUGGCCAUAAAUCACCUUUUCAGUGCUUUCCCUUUUAUUUAUUGUCACAAAAAGUAGUUAUCACUAGAGAAUAUUCAAACUUUAACUGUGACAGAAAUAAUGCAUACAACGCUAGAAAAAUCAAGUGUCCUUGUAUCAGUAGGCUGAACUUUAGUGUCGCACAUCAUCUGAAUAUGUGUUCAUUUAUGUCAUUAGAGAUACGGUAUUUCCUUGCAUACUUCAAAUUGUAUUAAUUUAUACCACUGGAUCAUAACACCAAUAUUUCCAUGAACCAAAAUCCUGUGUGUUUAAGGUGGUUUGUCCUUUGGAGGCUUUGAAUUUUACAAUAUGUUGAAGACAGUACAGACAUAUGUGUCGUCAAAUUCAUGUUUGUAUUGUUGAUUAUCAAGUGCAAUAAACAUUUACGAAACAA